AUGGAUGGCAGCGAGUUUCUGGGGGACCUGGAAGGCUCCCAAGGUUCGCUGCUCAGCUGCUCGCCCUCCGCCACCUCCCUCGACAUAGACGGCUGGUUCUCGUACCUCGCCGCUCAAGAAGGCGCGCGACCGCCGCAGAGGCCGGUACUGCUGCAGCACGAGGACGACCCCGCAGAGGUGCUCGAAGUGCGCACGCUGGCGCCGGCGGAGCUCAGCAGCCAAGAGGCAAAGCAUGAUGUGUUCACGGAGGACGCCUUUCUAAUGGACCACUUUGAGGACUGGCACGCCCAGGACCUCGAGAAGAUCCUGGCGCGUGGCACGACUGUUCAGGGCGAACUGCCGGUGGCGGUGAUCGAUCUGCACCAGGAGGUCGAGGAGCCUCCGGAGGAGACGAAGCCUAAUGCGCGGACGCUCGAGCAGGCGGAAGCCGAAGCCAUCCGCGAGAUGAUGGACGAGGUGCGCCACAAGCAGGAGGCUGCCCCUAGGGGCGACACACACGCGACCGGUGCCGGCGGCAGCGUCGUUGAUGACAACAACUACGAUGACGUCGACAUGGACUUUGUGAAGGAAGAGGAGGAGGAAGACGUCGACGUCGACGUCGACGUUGAUGUGGACAUUGAAGAGGACCACAACGAGAGGGCCGACGGCGUCGAUGGUGGCGACUCAGCAGACCAGGCGUCAGCGGCGACCAAGGACGGGCGGCGGCAGAGUCUCACGGGCAGACGCAGGUGGAGGAGGAGCCUAGACGGCUCCUCGUUCUCCUCGCCCUUCUCCUCGCCACAGCCGGCAUCACCCACCUCCUCUUCCACCGCCGCCGCCUCCACUUCGACUUCGACUUCGACUUCAUCGCCGCUCUCGCCCUCGGCAUCGUCGCCCAACCGGCUCGUUGUCAAGAUGCGUCGCGUGGGCCAGGGCCUGCGAGUGUCGGGGCCUGCUUCCACAGACGAGCCGUCGGCUGCUUCGCUCGGCCCCGCGGCCGAGAAAGAGCCCGCGGCCUCGACCACGACCACGACGUCCAGCAGCAGCAGCAGCAGCAGCACGGGCGGCAAGAAGCAGCCGACGAGCACGAGCGGCGGCAAAGGUCUGCCGGCGAAGCGGAAAGACGGAGUACUGAAGAAGGUGCAGGGCUACACGCUGUUCUGCCAGGAGGUGCGGGAGCGGAUCGUGAGCGAGAACGAGGGCCUGCCGUUCCGCGAGCUGCAGAAGAAGUACGGCGAGGCGUGGCGCGCGCUGGACAAGGCCGAGAAGGAGGCCUACGCGGCGCAGGCCGACGAGCUCAACCGCGAGGCCGAAGUGGCGGCCGCUGCCGAAGAGGCGGCACUCAGGGCCGCGGCUGAGGAGGAGCGGCGGCGCCGGGGCCUCGAGCGCAAGGAGCAGCUCGUGCUCGAGAAGCGGCGGCAGGAGGAGGAGCAGGAGCGCAAGAUUUUGGAGAAGACGACCGGCAAGAUGGUGAUACCACGUCUGUACCUCGGAAGCAAGCAUGUCGCGGCGAAUGAGGCAUGGAUGGAACAGGCCAACUGCACACACGUUCUCAACGUGAGCGCCGAAGUGCGCAACUUUUUCGAGAAGCGGGGAGACGUGGCGUACCAUCGAAUCCGAGUGAGCGACGACGGCACGCAGAAGAUCGACAAGUACUUCGAGGAGGGCACCGACUUCAUCCACCGGGUCAUCGGCAGCUUCGUCGCACGCAAGUACGUCGACAAGGCGAACCUCGCCGCCAUCACGCCCGCCGCGGUCACGGCCCUGGCGCCGGCCGACACCAGCGCAGCCGAGUCGGCCGGCGCGCCCGAGCCCAUGGUCGUCGAGUCCACGGCUGAAACGGAAACGACGACCAAGACCGACAUUUCGGGCCUGAAGAGCGAAGAGACGGUGAUCGGCUCCGGCGAAGAGCGAACGGACGCGAUGAAGAUCGAAAAUGAGAAGAAUGAAAACGAAGAAAGUGCGGAGACGGCGGGUGAAGCGAAGGCGCAGGAGACUGCUGUGGUCAGGACGGAAGAGAAUGGGGAGGGCCAGGGAGAAGGAGAGGCUCGGGAGGAUGGUGAAGAAGGCGGCGGCGUCAACGGUCCGUCGGUCCUCGUGCACUGCAGCGAAGGCCGAAGCCGGAGUCCCACGCUCCUCAUCGCCUACCUCAUGCGCUACGCCAAGUGGUCGCUCAAGCGUGCCUACGAGCAUCUGGCGAAUCUCUCCUCCAACCUCAACAUCAACGACGGCUUCAAGCAGCAGCUCAUGAACUACGAGCGGACCAUACAUUCGCUCAAAGUGCCUUCCAUCGACUUUUUCGAGAGGACCCUGCGUACGGUGCGGCGCGCGGUCUCGUUGGGCGGCAAGUCGGGACCGGCGCUCUCCGCGCUGUAUCCGCCGUCGACCACCUCGCUCGCCUUCACCUCGCCCAUGGUCUCGCGCAAGCGGCCACCACCACGCUCCGCUGCUGCCGGUGCCGGUGCCGCCGCCGCCGCGCCGACGACCUUGGACGAUGUGCCGAGCUUUAUCGCCACGUCACCAUCGUCGUCGUCGUCGACAAAGAUGCGGCGCCAGUCGACGGGCUCCAGCCACCACACGGCGCGCUCGUCUCCGUCGACCUCGGCCCGCCUGCCCUCCUUCACACCGCCGAUCCCGGUCAAGCGGAAGCGCAUCAUCAACCGCAAGAUCUGCGACGAGGAGCUCACCGUGCAGAAGAAGAUUGACAGCUACUUUGCAUCGCCCGCGCCGUCGACACCACUCUUUGCGCCGCCGACCCACCCGUCGUCCAAGCGCAAGGCGUCGGCAGCGGCGCAGGCGGCGGCGGCCAAGCGACGGCGGGAGCAGCUGGGCGGCAGCACCUCGGAUGAGACGGACGUCGACCACUCGGGCGGCGGAGAAGCCGCCGAUGCUCGCGACCAUGACGACGACGAAGACGAGGAGAAGGAGAACAGGAAGGUGACGAACAACAAGCGCGGCCGAUCGGCGUCGCUGGAGGGGGCCAAGGCCGCCGGGGGAAAGCGACCGAGGCGACGGCGCGAUGAGGACGAAGACGACGACGAUGAGGACGAAAGCGAAAGCGAUGACGAGAGCGAAGAGGAGGAGGAGGAGGAUAGCGAAGACGAUGGUGAUGAAGACGACGACGAACUCGAAUACGGCAAGAAGAAGAAGAAGAGUAAACCGAAGAAGAAGCCGGCCCGCAAGAAGGUACGCGGGAAGAAGGGCGCAACAACGCCCAAGAAGGCCAAGAAAACGAAAGCGGCAUCGACGCCGAAAACGAAGACGGCGGUGGGCACGAAGGACGCCGACCGCGUGCAGGAGGUGGUGUCGCCCGACCUCGGCAGCAUCACCAUCCUGUACCCGUUCGACGAGGAGACCGUCAAGUCGUGGUCUUCUGCAAGGUUGUCUGCGUGGAAGCUGCGACACGAAAACGCCAACGCUUACUACUACAGAUUCGAAGACCCGGUCGUCAAGCAGUCGCAUCGUGCCUCGACCACCGAGCAGAAGCAAGAGAACCACGAGGCCUUCAUGGCGCGGUACGACGAGUUUGUGCGCGAGGGCUGGAUCAUCGGUACGGCGUGGGGCCUCUUCUCCAAGGCCGUGCCCGGUUUUGUCGGCUAUCAGUGUGCCAACUACUAUCGCAAGCUCGUCAAGGACGGCAAUCUCGAGGACCGCUCCUACACCACUGACGAGAAGGGCGACCUCAAGAAGGUUCAACGAGCAUCAAGCAAGGGUGAGAACGAGACGCUGAACAAUCAGCUGAACGACGUGUGGCGCACGCCCGAGGUCAAGUGGAUCGAGUCGUGCGUGAGCAAGUGGGUCACCAAGUACCACGCCAAGGGCGCCGAGAAGGCCAGGGGCACCCCGCGCAAGAUGAAGAAGGGCGGCAAGAACGACGACUGA